AUGAACUUCUACCCCCCACCUCCCGUGAUUAAAGCAGACGUCUGGCUUCGUAUCCCCGACGAUAAGCGUUGCAUUGGCCAAGAGUCAGAAUGGCGAGGAGGUUUUGCAGGCUCCUUCAAACACAUUUUCCUCGAAGGACCUGUUUGUGACAGCAUUGGCAACCUCUACAUUGUGGAUAUUCCCUACGGCCGCAUCCUGAAAAUUGAUAAGGAGAAACGAGUUUCAGUCGCUUGUACCUGGGAUGGGGAGCCAAAUGGCCUCGUCGGGACUGCAGAUGGGGAUUUGCUAGGAAUUCUUUGUUUUAACCCCGAAACAGGAAAGAUGGGACCAAAGCUGAAAAGAAAGAAUUUAGAACGAUUCAAGGGUCCGAAUGAUCUGAUUGUCGACUCGAAAGGGAAUCUUUACUUCACAGAUCAAGGACAAACUGGAAUGACUGAUCCAACUGGGCGAGUCUACCGUCUGUCGCCUGAUGGAAAACUAGAUACUCUUCUUGACAAUGGUCCAUCACCCAAUGGUCUCGUUCUAUCUCGCGAUGAACGCUUUCUCUACGUGGCCAUGACAAGAGCAAACCAAGUCUGGCGACUGCCCCUGCACCCAGACGGAACAACCUCCAAAGUUGGUGUGUUCUUUCAAUCAUUUGGCAACGCUGGUCCUGAUGGGCUUGCGUUGGAUGAGGAGGGUAACCUUUUUAUCUGUCAUCCGAGUCUGGGAUCAAUCUUUGUGGUUGACACGCACGGCAUACCCAAAGCUCGGAUCGUUAGUGGAUCAGAAGGCAUAAAUCUCACAAAUUGCUGCUUUGGGGGACCCGAGCACAAGACGCUGUAUAUCACGGAUAGCCUUGAGGGAAAUAUUCAGACGGUGGAGUGGCAUUGUCGGGGAGCGGUUGCUGCACCAACUUUGAAACAAAGCAAGGGAAAUGAGUAG